AGAUUAUCUGUUAUUCUGUAUGAAAAAUGGAAUUAAAAGCACCAAAUAUAAACCAGUAGAUUAUCAACAAUUACAUGCAUUAACUGAAGCAAAAAAAUUAGCUUCUGCUACACAACUAAAGAUGUAAGGUUGAAUCAGAAAUAAAAUCCUUUCUGAAUGAAGAGAAUGUUGGAAAUGAAUGUCUUUCUGACCUUACUGAUUUUGGUUGACUUUGUGAAGAAACAAUUGAAAGCUGUUUUUGAAAGACUUAGCUUGGACCAACAAAAAAUACAAAAUGAUCUUUUAGAUUGGACUAUGAAAGUACUUGGUCAUCCUUCAGAAGAAAAAAGUAACCUGCUUAAUGAACUUCCCCUGGAACUGGAAACUUUGGAAUGCCCAUAUCCUGAUUUGAAAUCGUCAAUCAUUACUGAGCUCUGUAACUUGACUGAAAAAUAUCAAAAGAGACUUCAGGAAUUUGAUCUGCAGAUAGAAGAUAUAUACAGAAACUUCCACUUAAGUGAAGAAGAACACUGGACUUACCAGGCUGUUUUGGAUCAAUAUCCCAGAGAUCUUUUUGCCCGAAGAACUCUGUAUCUGGACAUGUUACAAAGAUAUUUUCCUCAUAAAUCUAGGCAUGAUCUGGUGGAGCAUGAAAAAUAUUGUGAUCAAUAUCGGUUUGCUAGGGAGCAGCGAAAGAUCUUGAUAACAAAUUGGAGUAAGAAUAGGAAAGACUUUAUACAGAAGGCUGUGAUGAUCCUUGCUGAGGCUUGUGCAACUCAUGAAAUGGAGUGCACUUUGGCUAAGGAUAGGAAAAAGCAACAGGAAUUGUGUGCUGAUUUGAAAGCCAAGGUUCUUCAGUGGCGAGCCCACCAGGAAGAGGUGGCAAGACUAGAAAUGGAGAUUUCUGCCAGAAGAAGAGAAAAGGAAAAGGAGAAAGAGAAACUAUGGAAGAAGAAGGAAUUACUACAAAGAGAAGAAAAGAAAGAAAAAAUAAGAAAAUACUGGGCUAAGAAAGAACAAAAGUGGCAAGAAAUGGAAAUGAGAGAUCUUCAGCGUCUAGAAGAAUUGAAGAAAUUGAUGACUGAACAAUCAGUAAAAGACAGAGAAAGGGUUAAAUAUAGACAAGAAUUACUGGAAAAGCGUUUGAUGGAGAAAAAAGAAGUGACCCUUCAAGAAGCCCUUGAAGACAGGGAGAGACAGAGGCGGCUGGAAGCCCUCAGGAAACAGGUUGCAAUUGUGGCUCAAUUUGAUCCUGUCAGAAUGAUGGCAGAUACAAAGGCGUCAAAAGCUAGAAUGGGAAUUGGAACGGAAGAAGAAUUUAUUCUUCAAAAGCCACUCUUCACAUUAAAUACAUACAAUGAACAGCAGAUCAUUUCUGACCCUAGACUUCGCUUUGAGUUGGCACUUCGAGAAGCUGGACUUCAUAAAACAUUUUAUGCCAAAGAGAUAUUGCCAAAAAUUAGUCCUCAGAAACCUCCAAGAAAGGACAUGGAGUCUACUGUGUUUAAAAUCUAGAGCUCAUCUUCAAACCCAUUAUUUUUAAACAAGAUCUUCCACUGAAUAUUAUAACAAUAACUUCUAUUUUCUAAAAAUGUAGAAAAUAUUAACGAUGGAAAUCAUAAUGUCUUUUAAAACAACUUUGCCUUU